GCAACCUAUUGUUGAUGACCAACACUGAUUGGCAACCAUCACAACCUACUUCAACAACAUCUUUCAAAAGCUACAGCAAAGGGCGGCUGAAUAAAGCUUUAAAUGUUGAUUACAACAUAAAAAUGAUGGACGAUGAUGAUUGGCAGGAAAUGCCGGUCGUAAGAGAUGGAAAUGGUGCAUCAUCUUCAUCCGACGAAGGCGGUUCAUCGUAUAAUUCAACAUUUCGUAAAAAUAAAAAUGCUUAUUCUGCCAGAAAAGCAUACAGUCAUGGUCGUUCAAAUUCAGGAUAUACAAACUUUGUAGGUCAAACACAGCCCGGUCAACUUUCCGGUGCAACAAAUGCGACCGGACGACAUCUUGAUAUUGAUGAUGCGAGAGGUUACAGCUGGCGUGCCAAACCGGAAAAUUUGGGCGAUGCAGGCGGUUUCGAAGCAUCAAAGAAGGAAGAUAAGAAAAAGAAAGCAGAAAGACGAAAGCGGAGAAAGCAAAAAGGAGAAGAAGUCAGCUCAAGCUCAUCUAGCGACAGUGAUGACGAAGAAGAUGAAGGUGGAGCACGUGGCUAUACUCAAUUACGCUUGGAUGAUGACGUUGAGGCGGAAGACCUCAAUUCUGCAACUGAUUAUCUCUUCACCGGUGCCAGUGGCUCCAAUCCGAUGGACGAUAUAGAUGGAAAGGGAGCAACUCCGCAUUCUCAACUAAAUACAACUAAAAAUCUUCUUACUGAAGGACAAAAGAUUGCCUAUGUCGGCCUAGUCAGCUUAGCAGCGAAGCAGAUCAUUCGUCAACUAGAAAGAGUACCGGGUAAAGAACAAAAGAAUGCCAUCGCAAGCGCAGAUGAAUGGCGAUUACGAGUUAUGGCACGUAUAUACCAGCAUAUGGAUAUCGAAGUGGGCGAACAAAAGAUGAUUGAAUCUUUAGCCGAGCAUGGUGUUUUGAUUGCUGAUCUAGCGCCUAGUCUGAUCACCACACAAACUGUCGAUAAUCCCGACUUUGACCCAGUAGCACUGCAGGAACGUGAAGAGGAAGAAGAGCGGGCGAAAGAGGCAAAGAUCCAAGAAGAAGAAGAGGAAAGGACGCAGCUAGGGGAGUCUGAGAAAGAAAUAGCACCCGAGUCUCGAGACAGUCUAUCGAUCGAAGGAGACACGUCAGACCCACCUCCUCCGUAUCAGAAGAUGGGACAGGAAGGUAAAGUACGCACCUAUUCAGAUGACGAGAAUGAUGGAGACCUGGGAGGGUCAAGAUCACCAUUUGGCAGCGAAGAUGGAGGAGAUCUAGGAGCAUUUCCACCUUCCGAUGAAGAAGAGGGAGAUGGAGAUCUUGGAGUUAUGCCAAGCGAGCCACCAAGCAGAUCAAAAACAUCUAUUGACAAAAAGUCUUUGGUGUCUAAAAAGAAGGUCGACUUUGCAGAAGAAGAGGACGAUGGCGAUAUCACCGCACAAGUUCAGCCAAAGAUUAAAACUACCGAUGAAGUUGCCAAGGAAGGCAGCGAUAGAGAAGACGAUGCGGCAACAAUCAUUGUGGAUCCAAAUACAGCAAAACGUCUAGAUACAAUGGAUGAAACUCUGGCAGAUGCUAAAGCAACCCCAAUGGGACUUACCAGUCAACCACAAACGAUAGAUACCCUACCCUCAGCAUUGGAAGGCGUCACAACAGAAUUGAGUAGUGCCGAUAAAACCAUCACUCUCGAUCUUCGAUGGACAGUACUAUGUGAUCUUUUCUUAGUCUUGACCGCUGAUAGUGUCUAUGACGCAAGAUCUCGAGUCUUGCUAGAACGGGUAGCGGAAGAGCUUGGGCUGACAUGGAUGGAUGUAACGAAAUUCGAAAAACGUGUUACUGAUGCUCUGGAAAUCGAAGAAAGCGUUUCCGGCAGCUUGAAAGGCAAGAAAGCCGUUCGAAAGAGAGCAGAAAUGGCACGCAAGAGACGUAUGAUCAUGAUGGGAUUGGCCACUGUUGGAGGUGGAUUGGUGAUCGGAUUAAGUGCAGGCUUGAUGGCGCCUUUGAUCGGCGCUGGUUUAGGUGCUGCUUUAGGAACGGUAGGAAUAGGUGGAACGACUGGAUUCUUGACUGGAAUUGGUGGUGCGACAAUCAUCACCUCGACCGGUACGAUUGGUGGUGCAGCUUUAGGUGGUACAGGAAUGAAUAGGCGUACUCGAACUGUUCGUACAUUUGAAUUUAAGCCGAUUCACAACAACAAACGUGUCAACUGUAUCAUAGCUGUUCCUGGUUUCAUGAGCGGACCGCAAGAUGAUCCAAGAUUGCCUUUCUCCGUUGUGGACAGUAUUAUGGGAGAUAUCUUCAGUCUGUUAUGGGAGCCGGAUAUGAUGCAAGAAAUGGGUAAUGCUAUUUAUCUUUUAUGGAGUGAAACGCUCGUUCAAGGUGUACAACAAGUUUUGGCUGCAACCAUUGCUGGUGGUUUGGUGGGAGCACUGGCUUGGCCUUUAUGGCUUACGAAGCUGGGUUACUUCAUCGAUAAUCCUUGGUCGAAUGCGCUUGAUCGAGCUCACUCAUGUGGUUUGAUUUUGGCUGAUGUUCUGUCAAAACGCAAGAUGGGAGUUCGACCAAUCACAUUAGUCGGGUUUAGUUUAGGAGCAAGAGUAGUCUUUUAUGCGUUGGUGGAAUUGGCAAGAAAGAAGAAUUUCGGUAUUGUGCAAAACGUAUACUUGAUCGGAACACCAGUCACUGCCAAUGACAAAACAUGGAAAGAAGCACGUAGUGUGGUUGCAGGUCGAUUUGUUAACGCUUAUUCUCGUACUGAUUGGAUUCUUGGAUGGCUGUUCCGAGCUACGACUGGAGGAUUGGGUUCUAUCGCAGGAUUAAGGCCGGUCGAAAGAGUACCCGAAGUUGAAAAUGUUGAUGUAACGCAAACAGUUCCAGGACAUUUGCAGUAUCGUGCAUUCAUGCCUUUGGUUCUGGAUCAAUUGGGCUUCCGCACAACGGCUGAAUACUUUGAUGAGCCGGAAGACUUGAACAGAAUUCCUGAACGUGAAGUUGUGUAUGACGAACCAAAGACCAAAUCAGUCAAGACAAGCACAGGUGGAUUCGGAAGAAUAUUCAGACGAAAAGACGGUGCUUCAGAUUCUAGUACAGGUGAUCAAACACCUGAUUCGCCUUCAUCACGUCGACCAAGUGCUUAUCAAGUGGAAGAUGACGAUGACGAUUUGCCUCCACGCGAAGAAGCUGUUCAUGCAUCUUCGACAGAUGAUCCAGAACAUCAUCCCCCACGAGAAGAUUCAUCCGUUGGCGAUGAAACGGAAAGAAUCCUGGCAGAGUUACGGGAGAAUGGAAUCGUUGUGCGAGAAUUGGAAAGCUCUCUGCCUCCACUCGUAGCGAAGACGACCCCUACCGUUCCACCAAGAAGAGGCAGCAAGCUUAGAGAGAGCAUCAUUGCAGAUCAGUCCAUCGAACCUGAGCCAGAAGCAGAGGUGCCGGACUACAAGGAAGGAACGCCUACGGAAGAAAAGAUUCCCGAAGUGGUUGUAUCUGAUCAAUCUGUCGAUAGCAGUGACAAUCAUCCGCAGGAUCGAUCUUCUGCCAAAUCAUAUGCCAGACCCUUUGGUAGUACAACAUUUGAUGCGAACGGAUUGCCUCCUAGCGCACCUACAGGCAAUACCAGUGCAGAUGUCAGUCUAUCGUUUGGAGAUUCAUAUGAUGUAGAAGACGAAGGUUAUAGUCAUCCUUCUGGCACUGCAGCAGAACAGGACACUAUCGAAAGUAGCCGAAGGUCGUCCGAUUAUGGGUCCUCAGGUCAACAAUAUGGUCUUUCGGCUCAAGCGGCACGGGAAUUAGCAAUGCAAUUUCAAUCUGCCGGAAUGUCAAACGCAGGAGCACUUGCUGCUGCAAGGAUUGCACAAAAUUUCGAAGCAAUGGAUGAUUCGAGCGUCGCAGAUAUCCGAAGACCUUCAUUACCUUCUUCCACGUAUAGCAGUACUGGAAGUAGUACAUCUGGCGCUUAUUUAGGUUUGGGCAGUGGUGCACAAGCUCUAGAAGGUGGCUCGGCUUCGAAUAAUGCUGGCGGUAGUUCUCAUGAUUUGGAUCCAUGGGGCAAUCUGUCACCUUCACCAAACGAUUUGACGCCACAAAGUGCAAAUACAUCACGAGCACGGGCACCAUCUGAUUUCAACAGCAAAAUGCCCGGAUCUGAAGCUCUUGCACCACCUCCUUCUGCACGAGCUUGGAACAAUGAUAAUCCAUGGGGAUAGUUGUGGGAGAGAGACAAUAUUCUAUACCUGCUCAUUUUUUAUUAUAAUUCUACAGUGUACUACAUUAUACAAUAAACAGUUAAAGUGUACAUGCUUGCAAGACAAUAUCACUUGC